AUGUCCUCAAGACUCGAGCGGGCAAGGAUCAUUGACAAGCGACAGACGGAAUCAGGAAUAGAGUACCUUGUUUCGACUACCGGCGAAUGGGUCCCGUCCUCUACCAGUCGAUGCAUCAAUCCAGAGCUCGUCGAAUUGUAUGAGUGGCUCCAUAAUUCGGGCUAUCGUGAGGGCACAAAGGUCUUUCCAUCGACACAUCGGCAAGUCGUAGUAUCCGCGCGGAAGAAAACGCAGUUUUCGACGACAUCAACAGGACUCACAGCGGCGUCGAUAUCAGGUCUCACACCAGCAAUCAAAAUUGAGCAGGACGUGAAUCUACAUAUGCAGGGCGCCGGAGAUGCUGAAUUAACACCCAGAAUCAAGACGGAAAAGGAUGUGGACCAAAUAGAAAACGUCUUUCAAAGUCGCGACAUUGGUCAGGACAAAUCUACAGAACCACCAAGACCGAAAAAGCAGCGACUGGAAGGAUCAUAUAUUGAAGAACUAGAUCAACUAUCUAUUGAUACCACGGAAAAAGAUGAUGUCAGGACGAAAUCCGAGCCAACAUCGCCAAUCAAGUCAACACCUCGGGGGCCAAUAAAAAAGGAGACAGCCAGCAUGGAUUCAGGAGUACCAAGCGGCGCUCGUACGUCCAAGGACAGUAUAACAGCGAGCCAGGAUCAGGAUGCGGUGAGGACUUUCAACAGGAACACGGAACAAAUGAUCGAAGUGUACUUCAAGGAAGGAAUGGAUGCUUCUGGAGUUGAAAUGUUUGAUAUCCUACUCGGACCCUAUAGACGACCUACUAAGGAAUUCGUGGCCGCUUUUUUCUAUGCUGUCAUCCUCUCGCCUCUGACGGAGCCCGCCACGAUCGAGGCAGCCAUCCAUGUUUUGGACCGCACGCUCACCAUCCACGGCCCAGAGCCCUUCACAGACAUCUGGGAUGUUCAAAAGCGGCGUCGUGAACUUGCGGAUGGAAGAAGCUCUUUUUCAAGACAAUCAAAUAUUUCGGGGUCAUCGUCGUCUAUGGUAGGAUCUGGAUCAGAAACGGGGUCGGGGAUGAGCACUCGGCAAAAUAACAAUAGCAGCGGCACCAACAACGGAUCGAUGGUGGCGAAAUUUCUAGACAUCCCCCCAAGAGCCUUUCACCCAGGACGCCUUCCCAGCUGGAACGAUAUCUGGGAUCUAAUCAAGACAGAGUUUGGUCUGGAUACAAAACCGGAGACAGCGCACCAUAUUUCUCUACAGGAAUAUCAUAUUCACAUGCGAUUACAAGGAGACGGAGCGUUUGAGACGACACGCUCGGUCAGGAGGAUAGACGAAGAGGACAUGCUGAAGGUAGAGGACGGUGUAAUCGUCACGGAGGAACAGGAGAUUCGAGAGGAUAUUGGGCGUGCUAUUGUAGGGCUGCUUCUCAGAGUCUUGGAGCAGGAUGCGGUCCUGCGCAAUGUAUCGAAGACAACGUUCUUUUAUAAAGACGUCAUGCGGGUCGAUCUCUUUACGCCUGGACGGUCCGUUCGAAUAGCACUGGACGUCGCCUUACAAAUCAUUGCAUUGGGGAUCUCUCCACGCUACCUUGAGCCAUCAAGCAGUAUCCGGUCUUCACGCGCCUGGCCACUCAACGAGCGGUGUAAGCUGAAUUCUGCGGGGAUGGAGAUCCUACAACUCGGUCAACAAAUUCUAUUGCUCCUGAUCCGGUUUAUAGAGGCAGGACAGCUUUCAGUCGAAAAGGGACUGGAAGAUUUGGCAAGGGAUGUUAUCUCUCAGCUUCCUAAACUGAGUAAGAUUCCAACUACUCGUGGCUUGAGUCGGUCAGAAUCACGGUCAGCAAUACUGUUUUUGGCAGAGAGAUACAGCCUGGAUCAGAUGGAGAUAUUCUUGAAGACCUUGAUUCAGGGUCCAUGCUUGCUCGAUUCUGGUACUGGGUCUGGUGCUGGCGUAAAGCUAAGGAAAGAAAAGGGUGAAGCAGAGCAUCAGCUUCAGCAGAACGAUGAUUCCGACAUACAUCGUUACUCGGUAUUCGAUCAGGAUGACUAUGGCGGCGUCCUCAAAAGUCAGACAGGCAUAUGCAUGGGAUCCAGUGUAUUUGUGAUGGUGCUUGUAGACCACUGGUUUCGAUCGAAGACAACAUCCAAGAGUAGCGCCGGGUCUCAGUUGAGUUUCCGAACGGUUGUGGAAGAAUAUGCCAUGCCCAACAACGUUCGGCCGGCCGCAUCCUCAACAAAGGCUCGUACUGCCAAGACCAACGUCAAGACUAAGAAUACGACUACCAAAAAGAAAACUCGCAGGAAGCGGAGAAAUUCGAUAUCAUCUCUAUCGUCACUAUCAUCACUUUCGCUUUCCGAUGAUAACUCGGAUGACCUGGAGUUGCACCUGACGAGCGUGGGUGGAUCAUCAAAGACGACUACAGAUCAAGACGACGGGUUGGAUCAAUGGAACGCCAAGGACUUGGAACAGGUUGAAUGGGUGGUGAUGAUGAUUGAGGUCUUGGUCUGGUCAUGGAUCGAGGCACGAGGGAUCAGGAGGGAUGAGAUUAAGAACACUGGAUUGGAGAAUGUGCUGUAUCCGGAUGGGAGCAGCCAGCAAUCGAUCGACGAGAAUACGACGUCUGGAUGGCUCGUCAUGUCGAGAACACUCAGCACUAUUGGAGGAACACUGAAAUUCCGUUGGGACCAGCUUGAGAGCAUCAUUGAGGCCGCAAUCAUGAUAGAAGAAGUCGGCCUCCGCUGA